AUGGUCCAUUACAAACUGACAUACUUUCCCAUACGCGGACGCGCGGAAUGCGCUCGUCAGAUUUUCGCUCUUGCCGGUCGGGAAUACGAGGAUGUUCGUCUUACACAUGAACAAUUCGCUGCAGCCAGACCGAAUCUGCCAUUCGGACAAUUACCAGUGCUGGAGGUGGACGGGAAGCAGCUUUCUCAGUCUCUAGCAAUCAACCGCUUCCUAGCUAGACAGUUUGGGUUCGCCGGUAAAACUGCUUUCGAAGAGGCUCUAGUGGAUUCGUUGGCCGAUCAAUUCGCUGAUUAUCUUACGGAAGUGAAGCCCUAUUUCCUCGUAGUAUUCGGAAUCACGAAAACCGACAAUCUUGAGAAAUUGAAGAAAGACGUAUUGUUGCCUGGACGUGCAAAGUUGCUUCGUUUCGUCACCAACUUCCUUAAAAAGAGUAAAUCCGGUUUCCUUGUUGGUCCGGAAGUUACAUGGGUCGAUCUGUUGAUUUCGGAGCAUGUGGCAGAAACGAGCGAGCAAGUACCAGAGUACCUUGAUGGUUUUCCAGAGGUCAAGGCCCACAUGAAAAAAGUUCGUGCGAUUCCAAAAAUCAAAAAGUGGCUCGAGACUAGACCGCAGGGACCUUUCUAA